UCCGUGGUAAUCAAUGGCCAUCCUAAAACAGCGAUCGGAAACAAAUUAGGUUUUCAGAAUUCUGUGACGUUAAUUAGACCUAACAGUACUUGUUAGCUAUUUAUUAAUGACGGAUAUUGUCAGGCAUUGUAAUUAAUUGAUGUUAACGUUACUCCACGGUUUAUCAUAAAAAUAGGUUAACCAGUUUUUGAAAAUGAGUACAAAAACAAGGCCAAGAAAAGGGAGUCAAAAGUUUACCACUGAUAAUGAAACUUCUACGCAGAGGGCUGUCUUGACGGUGGGAUUAAUUUUUGUACUGUCCAUCCUGUCACUCGCUUAUGUAUAUGCGAGCUUUCCAGAAUUGGAAGAAGAUGAGAAACAGUACAUGAAACUGCCGUUUCACAUAGAAGAUGCAAAGAAUUUGGGAAGAUUGCUUGGAAGGUACAAAGAUUUAUACUAUUUCCAGGUUUUAGCUGGGUUAUUCAUCGUGUACAUUUUUUUACAAACAUUCGCAAUACCAGGAUCAAUAUUCUUGUCCAUUCUAUCUGGAUUUCUCUUUCCAUUUCCACUGGCACUUUUGUUGGUAUGUACAUGCAGUGCCCUAGGAGCAACAUUGUGUUAUCUCCUUUCGUCGUUACUGGGUCGGAAGUUACUAUUUAAAUACUUCCCGGAGAAAGCAAAUGACUGGACAGUUACCGUGAAGAAGCAUCGGGAUAAUUUACUCAAUUACAUGCUUUUUCUGAGAAUGACUCCAUUAUUGCCUAAUUGGUUUAUAAAUUUGGCCAGUCCUGUAAUCGGUGUGCCCCUAGUUCCUUUCACAGUGGGUACAUUUUUUGGCGUAGCACCACCAUCGUUUGUAGCAAUACAAGCAGGUCAAACUCUAAACAAACUGACUUCAUCUGCCGAUGCAUGGUCCUGGAAUAGCAUAUUAAUUCUUUGUGCAUUUGCUCUGUUAUCUCUGGUUCCUAUAUUAUUUAAACAAAGAUUGAAACAGAAGUUUGAAUAAAACGAUCUACUAAAGUCUCUUAAGUAAUUUCCAUAAGAUGUAUUUUGAUAGUUCGAUGGUGUUCAUUGAAUCAAAUGUUCGAUUUUCACAUCAGGCAUAUUUUAUAUUUUAUUUCCGGUCUUACUUUGUGUAAGUAGAAAAUAAUUACUAGACCAAUCAAUUUAAGUCAAUGGAUUCGCGCACGUAUUUAUUAUGAAAUAAACACCGUGCAUGCUUGGAGCACAUCUGAAUAUUGUCCAAGCUAUAGUCGAUAAUUUAUUCCAUGUGAGUGCGAAUUGGUUAUACAUAUGUAUGUAAUGUACCUCUUCCACAAUUUCAUGACGAUAAAAUAAUAAAACAAUGCAUAUGUAAA